GCAGCGCGAGUUGUGUUGAAAAUUCAAAAGGAGAUAAUAACUCACUCCCAAGAUAAGAGUUUAACAUUUUAUCGCCAAGUUAUCGUGUUUAAAUUUUGAGGAGUAAAAUUUUUCAAGAUCCCGGGGAGAAAUGAAUAUUGAAGUUGGGACGAUUUAUAUCGAAGAAAUGUCGAACAUUGUGACAACGUCGCGUGAACGAUGGGACAUUCGUGCCUCUGAUAUUGCCAGAAGGACCCACAAUCCCAUUAGGUCCAUCGUUGAGAACAUUGUGGUGGAGCCGAAUCCUAAUAAGAAGCUCAUAGCUCUAUCCAUCGGUGAUCCGACGACGUUUGGGAACUUGAAGCCAGCGAAGGAGAUUAUCGAAGCUGUGCAAGAGAGUGUUGCUUCGCAGGCUUAUAAUGGAUAUGCGCCGAGUACAGGGUAUAUCGAGGCGCGGGAGGCAGUCGCGGAGUACAGCUCAAAUGAAUUCCUCAAAGUGGAUCCUCAGGACGUCAUAUUAUGCAGCGGAUGUUCCUGCGCCCUGGAUUUGUGCAUCACAGUCCUCGCGAAAGAGGGCCAAAAUAUCCUGAUACCAAGACCGGGUUUUUCAAUAUACCGAACAUUGGCCGAAGGCCUGGGUGUAUCAGUGAGAUCCUACAACCUACUGCCGGAGCUCGGUUGGGAGAUUGAUCUUGAUGACAUGGCAUCACAAAUUGAUGAGAAUACCGCUGCUAUUGUUAUAAAUAAUCCGUCCAAUCCGUGUGGAUCGGUUUUUAGUCGUAAUCACCUUAUUGAUGUACUUGAUGUUGCUGCCAGGUUUCAUGUGCCGAUUAUUGCUGAUGAAAUCUAUGAGCACAUGGUAUUUCCAGGGAGAACGUACUACUCGUUAGCGUCACUAUCGACCGAAGUUCCCAUUCUCUCCUGUAGUGGUUUAACAAAGAGGUUUCUCGUACCAGGCUGGAGGAUGGGCUGGAUAAUAAUUCAUGAUCGACAGAGUAUUCUCGAUAAAGAGAUUCGCAAGGGUCUGCAGUGCCUCAGCCAGCGAAUCAUCGGGAGCAACACAAUUGUGCAAGGAGCUUUACCAAAAAUCCUCAAAAAUACCCCACAGAGAUUCUACGACGACAUCAUCAGAAUUUUACACAAUCACUCAAAACUGAUAUAUGAUCUGAUUGAAAAGGUCCCAGGACUCAAACCUAUUAUGCCCGAUGGCGCCAUGUACAUGAUGGUAUGCAUUGACCUUGAGUCAUUUCCAGAAUUCAACUCGGAAGUAGACUUUGUCCGUCGUCUCCUGAUGGAGGAGUCGGUAUUUUGUCUUCCCGGAGAGUGUUUCGAUUACCCUUCGUACAUGAGACUCGUGAUAACAGUGCCAAUUGACAUGUUAGAGGAGGCUGGAAGCAGAAUCUACGAGUUCUGCCUACGGCAUCACAUAAAGAAUACAGAGAAGCUCAUGAAGCACAGCAUUUCAGACGAUAAUAUCCCCUAUUAAGAAAAUCUCAUCAAUAAAAUCCCAAACUGCUGCAAAUACGUCACAAAUCUAGCUUUAUCUACGAAUAAGUAUGAAUAUCCGUCAUUUUCUCAAUCGUUCAUCCUGAUGUGCGUACCGCUGUGCAAACCGAUGGAAGAAUAGCGAAUGAGUGUGCAAAAACCCAGAACAUUUGUGCAGACAAAAAACGGGGGAACAAAACUAUAGGAUCCUUUAUUGAUGGUGCAUGCCGAUGUCCCCAUACGCAAUGGAAAGCGUGAAAUAUUAGAGAAUGAUCUUCGAACGUGUGCGUGACUUGUGCGUGAAUGCUGUGAACGAAGCAUUGUGUUGACUGGAAUAUAUAGGAUUACAAUCAUUCGUUUAUUUUUUAUUUUUAGUUCUUUGUUCGUUAAUAAAAGAAUUGAAAUAGAAA